AUGGAUAACUUUGGAUUUUAUGCUGUCGUUGUUGUGACCGUUGUGUUGUGUAUUACUUUCAAUAAAUUGAAGCGAAUUUUACAUAAACAUCUACAAAAGAUUCGUAGUAUUAGUGCUGAGUGCGAACCACAACGUUCUAAUCAUGAAGACCUUUUAGCAGUAAUCAAUCGAAGUGAUAUCAAAGUAUCUAUAUUUUACGGAUCUCAAACAGGGACUGCUAAAAAAUUUGCUAUUAAUCUUGGUCAUCAUCUUCACAACUGCGGCGUACGUAACUUGGUGGUGGAUUUGAGACAAACAAACAUGGACAUAUUAGUAAAUUUGUCUAUGCUGGACACCUGCGUAGCAUUGUUCGUUGUUGCAACUUAUGGUGAAGGUGAACCAACAGAUAGUGCUCGACAUUUUAUGGAUAAUCUGAAGAAUUCUUACCAGAAGUUGGAUAAUUUACGCUUUGCGGUUUUCGGAUUGGGCAACAGUAUGUAUACAUAUUUCAAUGCUGUUGGAAAGUCAAUCGACCGUUUGCUUACCAAACAUGGAGGUAAACGUUUACAAGCACUGACUUUGGGAGAUGAAGUGGAUGAAUUAGAAUCUACGUUUAUAAAUUGGAGGAGUCACUUAACUUCGUUAUUGAUCGGCUUUUUUAAUCUAAAUGACCAUGAUAGAAAUUACUUAAACAAGCAGUAUAAACGAAUAUACUCUUUAAAAUGUAUUAACUGGAAUGUCCCGCUUGUUUCGCACUUCGUGAAUAUGUUUAUAAAUAAGGCUCACGUUAUGGAAACGUUACCAUAUGAAAACGACAAUUAUUUCUAUGCUUCUGUCGUUAAAAAUCAAGAACUGUAUCAUGGGAGUUCACGUUCUUGUCGCCACAUUGAAUUGGAUGUGUCUGCUUCUCAACUUAGAUAUAAAACUGGUGAUCAUAUUGCAAUAUUUGCACCAAACCCUUUAGAUCUUGUCGAAAAAAUUGGUGGUCUCUUAAACAUUGAUUUGAAUGAAAUGAUUAGCUUAGAUGCUGUUGAUCCUUAUAGUUUAACAAAGCAUCCUUUCCCUUGCCCAUGUACCUAUCGUCAUGCAUUUAUGCACUUUGUUGAUAUUACUGGACCUCCUGGAAAGAGUUUAUUAUCUGCAUGUUUAGAUUCAGUCGCAAAUCCUGAAGAAUCACAGUUUGUUCAGCUUCUUAUUUCUGAUAGUGAAGAUGGAAAAAAAUUAUACUCAAAAUGGAUUUUAGAAGAUCAUCGUGGAUUAGUCGAUUUGUUACAAGACUUAAAAUCAUUUCGACCACCAGCUGAUCUUUUGUUGGAAUUGUUGAACCCUCUGAAACCAAGAUUGUAUAGUAUAUCAUCAUCUUCAUUAGUUCAUACAAAUCGAAUACAUAUAACUGCUGCUAUACUAAAUUACAAAACAAACUCAGGACGAAUAUUCAAAGGACUAGCUACUAACUGGUUGAAAUCCUUGCAGACAGCAGACACUCAGAGACAUUUGAAAAUACCUGUCGUCAUUCAUACCAGUAAUUUUAACUUGCCGCGGAGUCGUAAAAUCCCAGUCAUUAUGAUAGCUUCUGGGACAGGACUGGCUCCGUUCCGUGCAUUUAUACAAGAGCGCUUAAAGAUGGCUCACGAUAAAGUUGGCAAGAAUGGACAGAUGGUAUUAUUUUUCGGUUGCCGGCAUGAAAAUGAAGAUUUUAUUUAUUCAGACGAAUUAAAACAAGCCUGUUCUACUGGCCUACUUGAAAUGUUUACUGCUUUCUCACGUGACUCUCCCGAUGGUAAUAAAGUUUAUGUUCAGCAUAAGAUGCUUGAGAUGGGUAACAUGGUGUGGAAACUUUUGGAUGAAUGUUAUGCGUAUAUUUAUGUAUGUGGGGAUGCCGCUGGUAUGGUGCGUGACAUGCAAUUGUGUUUAAUCGAAUUAGUAGUACAACAUUCCAAAUUAACAAGAGAAGCUGCAACCAGCUAUAUACUAAACCUACGAAAGCAGGGACGAUAUCGUACCGAUGUAUGGAAGUGA